CUGACCCCAUACAUCGUGCACUCUUGAAGUAGUUCGAUACUCUUUUGCCUAGUUACCUAGGCCCCCGGGUUCCAUAACCCAACAUUGGUGCUCUCAUUGAGAGUGUUGAACAUAUCAAGCGUGCUCCAAAGAAAAUGGUGGCGUCAAGAAUAGUGACUAGGUCUUCUACCGCCGACGUCGGUGGUGGUCUCAAGAUGACCGUCACGGCGUCGAUCGGCGCGGGCCACGACGAACUGGACAUCAGCCUCAAUGACGUCGCCAGCCAGAAUACCACUGAUCUGCGUCACCGCAUUCCCAGGCGGCGGACGAUGAACGCUGGGGGGUCCCAGGCGCCAACCCAGCAGGUGCCCACCCAGGGCGCUGGCGUUCUAACUCAGCCUUCUCCCAAUGGGCUUGUGCGUGGAGGAGGCAUGGUGUUGCCCGGUGAUUUUAACUCACCAUUUUUCCAGUUUGGGGAGACCUCCGGUGCGAGGACCCCAGGUCCAGACCCUAGCGGUUUCUGGGACAUGAUGAGGGCAAUGAUGCUCAAUCAGCCCAUGACCGGUUUCUGCAUGCCGGUCACGAUGCUGCAGCCGACGUUCCAGCCUGACGGACGUCGUGAGGUCCAGCAGAACGUGGUGGAAAGUGCGGAACUUUUCGCCCAACACCUGAAGAAUCUAAUGGCGGACUUCUGCUUGAAUCCUUCGCCCGAGGGACCUGAGAACAAGGAGUUUAGCCGAUCCCAGCAGCGGGACAAGGGUAAGGGCCCGGAGCGCAGGGCCAACAAGAAGAAAGCUAGCCAUCGGGACAAAGAGACGGCGAGCAAGCGCCGUGAACCCCCAAAGGAAGGACAAGGUGAGAGUGAGUCGCACGUAUCUGUGUUCAGCCGGAUGCGAGUGCCAGUCACAGAACGGCUGUAUGGCCGACGGAAUACCUUCCUGCAGAGCGAGGCGGGGAAGAUCUGGAUGCCUUGCGAGGAACAGUGUAACCGACACAGAGAGGAGCACUUCAACCGGUACCAAACCCUCAUGAACGUGGUGACGUUCUCCGAGGAGGUUCUUUGCAGAUCGUUUCCCGCCACUCUCGACGGGCUGGCAUCUGAAUGGUUCAAUGAAUUGCCUGAAGGGAAGAUCGAGUCGUGGGAAGACUUGGCGCGAAGAUUCCUGGUGCACUUUGCCGGCAACAGGAAGAAGAAACUGCAUUUUUUACACCACUUGUCGGUCCGACAGAGACCCGACGAGCCACUGAGGGAAUUCCUGGCAAGGUGGAAGCUGGAGACCACCAGGGUUUACGGAGCGGAUGACAAAACCAGGCUAUCCACUUUUCAUCUGGUCUUACGAUCGGGGGACUUCUCCAAGUGUCUGGCCUUGGAGAAGCCGAGGGAGUAUUCCAACGCGCUGGCCAUGGCGGAGGAUGAAGCCGAGGCAGAGGAGUUGGAGGCAAAUAAGAAGAAGGAAGAAGCAGGGAGGCUGGGUUCAAUCGCGAUGGCAGUGAGGCCUACACUGAGGAAGGUCACCAUUGAUGAGCGACCACAUUUGCCAGUCGGAAACCGCUUCCGGAAGGGUAGGGACCCGCGCGACCGACGAUCGCACGGAAAAGAUGUAUAUGAAGAAGGGAGUGAGGAAGCAGCUGGUCAUGACACAGACGCGUGUAAGGUCCUCAAGAGGGAGAUCGAGAACCUAAUCCAGGCGGGAUAUUUGCGACAGUUCGUCAAAAAGAAGAGCACGUGGCGCAAGGACGACGGAAAGAAGAGCGGGGACAAUCGAGGGAAGAAACCGGCGGGAACUCAGCAGAAGAAGAGGAAGGAGAUAGGCCUGCUGAGCGACGAGGAAGAAGAGGACGACCCUAGACAGAAGAGGAUCGAAGAGAGCCGGAUGAUCUACGGUGGUAACACCGGAGGGGAUAAUGCUGAACAAAGGAAAAAAUGGGUACACUCGGCGUACGUCGGGGACGUUCGCAGUGCACCUGGACCGUCGAAGGUCGCAAAGACAGAGCCCCUCCUGUUGGUCCAAAGGACCUGCCUGAGAUCCCAUCACCCCACAGAGACGCCUUGGUCGUCAGGAGACAUCAUUGACUCAGAAGGCCUGAUCGAAGUGAUGGUCACCUCUGGCGAUGGAGAGCACAGGAAGACCAUCCCGGCCGAAUUCAUGGUAGUGCGACUCCUGGGAUCCCACAAUCUGAUUUUGGGUCGGCCUGCACUGGAAGAUCUCGAUUCCGUAACGUUGGUGAAGUAUCUAAGCAUGAAAUUCCCUACCGAUUCGGGAAUAGGAGUGUGCCGAGGAAACCAGAACCUCGCCCGACUCUGCUACCAGAAGCAAACAAAGAAGAUGGACGCCCAGGAUCUUAGAGUGGACAGUAUUGCCACAGCACUUUUGAAGGAGGAAGAAGGCCGUCCUCGAGCUGAGCCAGCCGAGGAUACAGAAGAUGUGGUGAUAAUGGAGGAGCAUCAGGAGAAGAAGAUCAAGCUCGGUACUAACAUCAGUUCCGAGCUUCGAUCAAAGAUCAUACAGUAUCAGAUACAGAUGAAGCCGAGAGCAGCAAUCAAAGCCCAGGCCUUGGCCAAUUUCAUGGUGGAAUGUACGGCACGUGACAACAACCCCAUACCAACGGCCAAGGAGGGAGAGUGGUGGACUUUGUCUACUGAUGGAUCAUUAGCUGGAAAGGCUUGCGGUGGGGGCGUGGUAAUCCAAUCACCUGAAGGAUUCCGCUCCUAUCAUGCAAUAAAAUUCCAAUUCAAAGUGUCCAACAACGAAGCCGAGUAUGAGGCGUUGCUGAGUGGCCUGAGGCUCAUCCUCAACCUGAAGGCUGAGUACGUCAGGAUCAGGUGCGAUUCGCGCCUGGUCGUUAGUCAGAUCAAAGGAGCGUUCGACACCAAGGAGGAAAGAAUGCGUCUAUACAAGGAAGCGGCCCUGGAAUUGCUCAAAAUUCUUAAAGGAUACGAGCUUGUACAGAUCCCGAGGGCAGAAAACACUGAGGCCGAUGUUCUAUCCAAACUGAGCAACGACGACCCCGAGCACAUCUCCAAGAUGGCCCGUGUUGAGGACCUGGGAUCUCUGAGCAUUCACGUGCAGCUCGUUUCUAUUAUCACCGAGGAAGCCAACGGCUGGAUCGCAGAAUUGAUCCGAUACAAGAAGGAUGGAAUUCUCCCCGGAGAUGAGACGACGGCCCGUUUGAUCAAACGGAGGGCACCGUCAUAUGUCAUUGAGAAUGGCCGGCUAUACAAUAGAUCAUAUAAUGGCACAUUGCUAAGGUGUGUUGAUGAGGCCAGAGCGGGGCAGAUCAUGGAAUAAGUCCACGAGGGAGUAUGCGCGGCGCAUCAAGGUCCUUUCUCAAGUGCGCCAAGCAAUGCAAAGUGUGCCAAAUAUUCCAGAACAUUCCGGGAAGACCGGGAACCAGCUAUCAUCCCAUCAGCUCGUCGAUCCCUUUUGCUCAUUGGGGGAUAGACCUGAUAGGA